GUCGGUGAGUUGGUGCGGAGUUGGUCUCCGCACGCGUGGUCGCGCUGGGAUGGAUUCCUCUUCGUCUUCUUCCGCGGCGGGUUUGGGUGCCGUGGACCCGCAGUUGCAGCAUUUCAUUGAGGUGGAGACUCAGAAGCAGCGCUUCCAGCAACUGGUGCACCAGAUGACCGAACUUUGUUGGGAGAAGUGCAUGGACAAGCCUGGGCCAAAGUUGGACAGUCGGGCUGAGGCCUGUUUUGUGAACUGCGUUGAGCGCUUCAUUGAUACAAGCCAAUUCAUCUUGAACCGACUGGAACAGACCCAGAAAUCCAAGCCAGUCUUCUCAGAAAGCCUUUCUGAUUGAUCUCAGCUUUACCUUUUUGGAAGAGGAAGGUAGUUCAAGAAAUGAAGAGCUGUUUAUGAAAUUAUUUAAGAAAUGGCUAUGGGGAGAUUGGCUCCCACCUUUUGUCACUCUUGGGACAUCAUAUCAUCAUUGAGAAUGAACAAAGACCAAUUUUUGUGGGGGGGGCCUUGAGGGUUAUAUGUGUAUUUGGUUGUGUUUUUUAAUGCCAAUCUUGUGAAAAUAAUUGACAGAUAAUGGAAAACUAUUAGAUGUGUAUUACUGUGUAUGGGACUAUGCUUUUCUUAAAGUCCCCUUAACUGCUUCCUGUAAUUUUGAUAGAGGAACUGCUUUCUGUAAUUUGAUAGUGGGACUACAUAGGUAAAAUCUCUCACUUACGUGGAUUCAUUUCAGAUUUCUGGGGAGAGCAUUGUGUCUUUCAGAAAGUAUGGCAGUGGGGGAAGGAUAAUUUGGCACUUAACUGUGGGCCUCCUUAUCUAGUGGUCGAUUAUCAUUGUUGGAAAAAAGAUCUAUAGAGUGUUCAUACAGUGCACUUAAGCAUUCUAGAUUAUUUCCCUCCCUAUACUAUGAUUUAUAUUAAAGUAUGGUCUCACGGUAUUACAGGAAGUCAGAGUCUAGAGGCCUUUAACUACAAAAGAAUCUAUCUUGUGAACAUAGUUCUCAUUACUGACAGCCACAAGGAAGAAGUUAACUUUACCCUGUAUAUCAGGGCACAGAUAAUUUAAAGAUGUGCCUAAAUAAGUUGUAAAGAUUUAGGCCAGUCAAAAAUUAAUAGAGUUUCAGGUAGAAGUGCAUGUCUAAUGUUAAAUCAGUAUAGAUUCUAUUUACUGCAUUAUUUUGAUCACUGAAAUAAAA